AUGACAGUAAAGAAUCUAACUGGAGUUUCAGAAUUUCUUCUUCUGGGCCUGCCCAUUGAGUCUGAGCAGCAAAACUUGUUCUAUGCCCUGUUCCUGGCCAUGUAUCUCACCACCAUCCUCGGAAACGUGCUCAUCAUCAUCCUCAUUCGCCUGGACUCCCACCUCCACACACCCAUGUAUUUGUUUCUCAGCAACUUGUCCUUCUCUGACCUCUGCUUCUCCUCUGUCACAAUGCCCAAAUUGCUGCAGAACAUGCAGAGCCAAAUCCCAUCCAUCCCGUAUGCUGGCUGCCUGACCCAGAUGUACUUCUUCCUGUUUUUUGCAGACCUGGAGAGCUUCCUCCUUGUUGCCAUGGCCUAUGACCGUUAUGUGGCCAUCUGCUUCCCUCUGCACUACACCACCAUCAUGAGUUCCCAUCGCUGUUUCUCCCUGGUGGCGCUGUCCUGGGUUCUGACCACAUUCCAUGCAAUGCUGCACACCCUGCUCAUGGCCAGAUUGUAUUUUUGUGCAGACAAUAUGAUCCCCCACUUUUUCUGUGAUAUGUCUGCUCUGCUGAAACUGGCCUGUUCUGACACUCGAGUUAAUGAGUUGGUAAUAUUUAUCACGGGAGGACUCAUUCUUGCCAUCCCUUUCUUACUCAUCAUCAUGUCCUAUGUACGAAUCGUCUCCUCCAUCCUCAAGGUCCCUUCUGUCAGGGGCAUCCGCAAGGCUUUCUCCACCUGUGGUUCCCACCUCUCUGUGGUGUCACUGUUCUAUGGGACAGUUAUUGGUCUCUAUUUGUGCCCAUCAGCUGAUAAUUCUACUGUUAAGGACACCGUGAUGGCUAUGAUGUACACGGUAGUGACCCCCAUGCUGAACCCCUUCAUCUACAGCCUGAGGAACAGAGACAUGAAGGGAGCCCUGGGGAGAGUCUUUUGUAAAAAGAAAGUUUUCUUCUCUCUUUGGUGA